AUGGAAGUUGGCGCAGAUUCGUUUCGUCAGGCGUUACGCCAAGCACGGCACCCAAUUGCCCUGGCUGGUGCAGGUCUGAGUGCCGCCAGUGGCAUUCCCACCUUUCGAGGAGCUGGAGGCCUAUGGCGUCAGCAUGAUGCACUGUCUCUUGCAACACCUGAAGCGUUCAAAAGAGAUCCGAGCAAGGUCUGGCAAUUCUACCACUAUCGAAGAUCCGUUGUCAUUUCAGCAGCGCCCAAUGCCGCACACUUGACCAUCGCCAAAUUGCUGAUGGACUCCAACUCGCAGCUGAAAUCCGUCCGCAGUCGGAUCAUGCCGAACGCACAGUCUUUUCACCUCAUCACCCAGAACAUUGACGGCUUAUCCGCUCGAGCUUUGCAAGAGGUUGUCUCUGACUCUUCCUCUACAGAAGCAAAAGCCUCCAUCAGAGCAGCCACAGACUCGAUCAUCGAGAUGCACGGCAACCUCUUCAAGACUAUCUGCACCAACUGUGGCGAUGCUCAUUUCGACAGGCGCCAGCCCCUUUCUGAAGACCUGGCUGGCACCGAAGACCUCUCUGGCCAGUACAAGGCGAUACCCACGGAACGCUUGCCGCGUUGUACCAAAUCUGCUUGUGGCGGCUUGCUCAGACCAGGAGUCGUAUGGUUCGGCGAGUCCAUACCUGAACUCGAUCGCAUUCAGCCGCUCAUCUCCCGAUGCGACCUCAUUCUCGUUCUUGGCACCUCUUCCGCUGUCUAUCCCGCAGCUGGAUUUGCAGAUAGGGUCAAGCACACCAACAACGGCAAGGUGGCUGUCUUCAACAUUGAUGAUCCUUCGACAACGUCUUCUGCCGAUGACGACCUUGAUUGGUACUUUGCAGGUCCAAUCGAGAAGCUUCUACCUGAAGUUCUUCUCAGUCUUUGA